UUUGCACUGCAUCGCAUCGCAUAGCAUUGCAUAUUGUCCCAGUCCUCUACCUAGCAGUAAAAACAUUGUUGCCAAAACCUUUCCCCGUUUCUCACUUUCCGUGUCAUCGGUCGCAAAAAAAAUCAAGACCCCAUUCUCAUAAUUAAGUUUUCAUACGAUUCUCAACUUAGCCCGUGAAGGAUGGAUCAGAGAAAUCAGUUUCACAGACAGGUCGCUCUGAUGAGACAAUCCCUCUUCGACCAGGGAUACAUUGAUGAACAAUUCGUACAGCUAGAGGAGCUACAGGAUGACACAAACCCGAACUUCGUAGAAGAGGUGGUGACCUUAUACUACCGAGAUUCAGCCCGGCUAAUCGUUAGCAUAGAGCAGGCACUGGAUAAGAGCCCUCUUGACUUUAACAAGUUGGAUAGCCUCAUGCAUCAAUUCAAAGGAAGUAGCUCAAGCAUUGGAGCUAGAAAGGUGAAAGCGGAGUGCACACAGUUCCGGGAAUACUGCAAAGCAGAAAAUGGAGAAGGAUGCAUGAGGACAUUCCAGCAAAUGAAGAAAGAAUAUGCGACACUAAAGAAGAGACUUGAGGCUUAUUUUCAGCUAGCAAGACAAGCCGGGCCCAGCCAGGCCGCUUCUCGCCCCAAGUGAAAGAGAGGAGAAGGAUUCCCACCAAAAAAGGGGAAAACAAGAACAAAACAGAGAAGAAAAGGAAUUAAUGGAUAAUAAUCAUCGGACAUGCUACGUGUCGAGCUUUCAGUGGUGAAAUUUGCUCUAGUUAUAUAGUUUUUCAUCAUAUAUGUAAUAUAUAUAUAUAUAUAUAUAUAUGCAGAAAAUACAUACUGCGCUUUAGUA